AUGCUGGAGAUCAAUGGCCUGGCGCAUUUACUCUCCCUCACGAGGGAACAGCCCAUUGUUGUGGUCGCCUUCUAUGCGGACUGGUGCGGGCCGUGCCAGCGGGUCAAGCCACAGUACGCGGCGCUGGGCGAACGGUACAAAUCUACCGUGACUUUCUGCAGAUGCAACAUUGACCGCAACCCCGACUGCGUCGAGAGGUUUGGCGUGCGGAGCGUCCCUAAAUUUAUGGUUUGGUCCGGCGGCGGUUGGCACGCGGUUGGUUUUGACGGGCAGUUGGGGGAGCUGGAGAGACACAUUGAUCGGGCAGUUGAGACGCACCGCACAUCAUCGGCAUCAAACGGGGACCAUACGUUGGGUAAUCUGCAUCGUGUUUUGGCAAGGCAGAUGCAAUCAUUGGCACAGGCCGUUGCUUCCGCGCACGAUGAAACCGCAAUGGUGCGGGAGGCAUGCGAAGCUGUAUGCAACACACUUGAACAGGACGCUGAGAGGCGGCCCUUCGGUGCCGCCAUGCUGCCAUAUUUUGCCUCGAAUGAAUUUAACGCGGCGGCAGUGGAUGCUCUUUUUGCACACUUUGCUACAAGGCCUGAACCACGCUGUAGUGAUGGUGAAUAUAUUAUCAAUGGGGCCCUGAGCAACCUCAUUGAGUUUUUUCUCUCCACCACACUGGACAACACCAGGGAGUUGAAUGUGCUGCGGCAGGCGCUUUACGCUCUUGUUUCCUGCACCGCGACCUUGCAAAUUCUUGUGCGCUCACAUUUAUUUUACAACGACUCACUGUCUUCUGGCCUGCAACUGGAAUAUGGCACAGUGUUGGGCGCGCUGUUGGGCGUCUCCACCCAAAUCCGCAGUCACCGCCUGCUUCCUCCUUAUUCCAUGUCAUCGGAGCGGGCUCAGUUGAUGAAUAUGUUUUCCACUGAGGUGGAUGAUCAUUCAAAACAGAUAUCUGAAUUACAGUUUCAAGUGCAAGCCUCCUGCGCCGGAAACAAACGUAUUAUCCUGGCGCUUCUGCAAGCCAAGGUGUCACGUGAGCCAACGCUUCGCUAUAUUGGCACUGCCCUGCGGCUGAAUGCAGGGUAUACCAAAACAGUGCAUCAUAAUUUGCCCUUAUCCUCACGGUUUUUCAUGACUCAGUUGAAUGAUGUGCUCUUGGAGGCUGCCCUUCCUUUAUUUGAAAAAGCCUACGACCCCACCACUAUUCCUCCCUUUUAUGUACUGGAGGACAAUGCGGACAACACAGUGGUGGAUUUUGGCGAAGAUGUGGAGCGCAUUGUCCACUACGAUGAGAGCCAUCCCUUACCUCCAUUUCCCGCACUGAGUGAGCCAUUCAAGCCUUCGGUGCAUCUGUUCUUUCUCGUCGCUCGUUCGAUCAUGUUGAGCGCGGGAGUAAUGAUUGAGGCUCAUCAGCGGGUUGAACAGGAUUUGGCGCAUCCACAGUUGCCACCUGAGCAACGCGCAGUGUAUGUGGCGGAGAAGUCACUCAUCGAGGGGCUGAUUGGCUCCGAGAAUCUCGGCCGAAAACGUGUGCAGGUUCUUAACGGCAUCGCCGCUUGGCUUGUGAGGCUCAUGAAUGUCUCACCGGGCGGGGUACUCUCAAAGGAGCCGCCAGUGGAAUGGAAAUAUUUGCCCCAGCAACUGGUGGAUCUGGUCAUCCUGGGCGUAAAAAUGGCGCCGCUGGAAUACUUUGAUCUGGAGCACAUUGUUUCCUUGAUGCUGGUACUGAUGGGUAACACAACCUAUUUCCCCAAGCCACAUAAACACGCUCUUUUUCCAUCUUUCUUAACCCGUCUGCUGCAAAAUGAGGAGACGAAACGAGCCCUGACAUCGCAUCGAUGGUUCACGCAGCACAUUGUUCGAAGUUGUGUUUUAUGUUAUAUUGCCGUGGAGAAGUCUACAUACGAAAAAGUCUCUGUGCGUUAUAUGCUCUCUUACUGUACAAAGUCGUUUCUUAUGUUUGACUCGUUGUGUCAGCCUGUCCGUGAGGAGUUUGAGGUGAAUGGCACCAUUUUGGAACGGUUUUCACACAUGGUGACUGCGGAUGUCAACGAGGCUGUUGACCAACUCGUUGAGACGCUUACGCAGAUGAAUCGAAUGGUAAAGGAGGGGGCGGAUUUGAGUGUGAGCGCCCGUGCGUCUCUCAGCAACAACGGUGAAAACAGUCGCAGGGGCAACGCACAGAGAAGACAAGAUGGAAUGGCGACGAGCAACAACAAUAACAAUAACAGUCAGAACAACAAUUUUCGGAGCGCAGAUGGAAACGUAAACGAGGAGGAGGCGGAGGCCGACGGUGAUGACGGUGAGGCGCCGCUGACGUACCAUCAGCUGGGCUUGGGGCUGCGGGAACGAAUUCUUCUUUUUGAGGCAAGCAUGAAUUUGUUUAUUCAGCUGGCCAUCAGCUUCUCGAAAGGUGUGGCGCAGAACAUGGUGGCGCAGCAGAUCAGUCAGAUGUUGGCUCGCAGCCUCGUUAGUUUUGCUGGUGCCGAGAGCAAAAACUUGAAGAUUGAGUACCCCGAACGCUACAACUUUCGCCCUCGCGAGAUUCUCAACCGCCUGGUGGAUUGUUUGUCACAAUUUCGACGUUUUCAGAACUUCAUGCGCUCCCUGUGCAACUGCGGCGUCCCGCUGAGAGAAAUUCUACAGGCGAUAGAAACGGUGACGGAGCGUGGCCUGGUGGGCGAGCACCUCAUCUGGAAGCUGAGGGAAAUUGCGUCGACUCUCGAGACCAUCUCUCAAGAAGUUCAGGACGACGAGGCGCUGUGGGAUGAGGCGCCGGACUUUGCGGUGGACGCAUUGCUGCUGACGCCACUACUACAUCCAGUGGCGCUUCCAGCCGACGUGAAGGACCUGAACGAUCUUGUGUAUGUGAACGAGGACACAAUCCAUCAUGUCCUUCUCUCUGAGAGCAAGCAUCCCUUCACGAAGGAAUAUCUGGACGAGAACAUGGUGAAGGAGUUUAACGCACGGGAGGAUGUCGCGGAGGCUCGAAGGAAUCUGCAGGAUCGCAUUGCGACGUGGAUGAAGGCGGCGAAGGAGAAACGCUAG